AACGUAAUCGUCGGAAGCGGAAACCCCAAACAAACUAUGCCGUCUCACCACAAAGAAGGCCGGAAAAGGUCAUCAAAAGAAGAAGUUGUGAGAGCGGCGCCAUGGCGAAGGUGACGUGCACGUGGGGAGCCCCGAGGUCAAAUGGAUUCUUCGCAGCCGUUGCAGCCAGUGACAACCUGACAGCGUUCCCGCGGAAAGCGGGCUUUUAUGGCAAGGCGACUGACGUCAUCAUCACCGCCGGUGGUGGUGUCGUGAGGGCGGCUCGCCGCCAGAGGGCGUCCGACAGGAGGCGAACGCGCGUGACGAGAACGCGAGCGCGCAUCGGAGCCUGUGCUGACUGCGGACGAGGCGCCUCGCUCUUCCUCCUCCUCCUCCUCGUCUUCUCCCUGCUUCGGCUGCAGGAGGGAGGGGCGCGUCGGUCGGUCGGUCGGUCGGACGCUCGUUCUGCACGAUGGCAGGUGUCGGCGGCGGCGGCGGCAGCAGGGAAGGAACGGAGAAUGCGGGCCGCCAGGAGCCCACCUUCGACGUGAGACAGGCCGCCACCGGUGCGGGUAGGCCACUCCAUCUCGGCCGAAGGGAGCGGAAUCCAAAGAUGGAUCCCCGCUUCCCGGCGAGCAAAAGCGGGACGGGAGCCGGAGUCUCGGCGCGACACCUCGCCGUCCUCCGACUGCUCGCCUUGACGUUGGUUUCCACGGCGGCAUCCGCUUCGUCCUCCGGAGAUGCGGCCAAGUGGAACGGAAGCUCGGGGUCCCGCCCCCCUCCUUCGGAAGACCGGGCCGCCCAGGGGAUCCACCUGCUCCUCAGACCCCCGGACCUCCUGUCCCCUAGCCUGACCCCGUCGCCGCCCUCCCGCGAGUCGCAGAGGGAACGAGGCGACUCCCCGGAAGAGGCCUGGGCCUCCGGAGACUACGUGGAGACGCUGUCCUUGGCGCUUCCCGACGGCGAGGACCCGUCCCCGACCGCGCCGCUCCCGUACGACGACGAAGGGGAGCGGGCGCCCCCCGCCGACGGGGCCCGGCCGCGGCGUCCGGCUCCGCCCCUCCGCUCCCGCCCUCCCGUUUGGCCCUCGUCCAGCACUCCCUUCUUGCCCCCGCGCACCCUCGAAGUCGGCCCGGACGUCUUCCCCGCCUGGGACGAUGACUACGACCCCGAGGACUUGGCGCCCCUUCGACCCACGGAGCUCCUGCUGCCUGACAUGAACAGUUUGGAAUACUACACCAACCUGUUGGCCGAGGAGCGGGGCGAGGGAGGUCGGCGCGAGACUGAGGGGAAGCAAGGGACCCCCUUCUCCGAAGCGGUCGCUCCUCCCGCGUCCGCCCCGGGGCAAACUCGCCCUCCGACCGAGGCGCCGCCGGAUUCCGCUCCCCCCGCGCUCGGGGGGCCCGUCCCUCGGCCGUCCCUCUCGGCCGUCCCCGCCGGCGAGUCUGAUCCCCCGUCGGUCGACGUCUUCGGGCCGAGCCGGGCCCCUCCCGCUUUCAAUGAGAGCGUGCUCCCCACGGCGGAACCGACCGAACCCGCGCGGGUCACCGGGCGGCCCGAGAAGACGACCGCGGUCUCCGCCGGAACGCCCUCUGCGGUCACCGCUUGGAGGGCGGCCCACGGCCCGCCCUCCAAGCGCUACCUGUGCAACAUCACCAAGCCCGACUCGUACCUGGUCAGAGUAGGCGGGCCCCGGGGCUCGGCCGCCGGCUUCGGUCGCGUCCGUGACCUUUUGAGGAGAGAGUUUAACACGUCGCUGGAGCUUCAGUUCUCCAGACCUCCGUCCAGUUUUGCCUUCCGCGCGGUGUCCGGACCGCUGAUCUACACGGCCAUAUCGGUCAUCAACGCCCUCCGCGGAGCGUCGCGUCUCUCGGGCCCGCUUCCCGCCGUGUCCGCCUUCUACGCCGUCCCCGACGUCCGCUACCACGUCCACACCGUGCUGCUGUUCGUUCCCGCCCACGUGGACGUCCGACUUUGCAACUUCAGCGAGCGGGUGGAGACGGGCUUGGCGACGGCCUACGGCGAAGCGCGCCGGCGCUCUUCCGAGUCGGGCGCCGUCAGCGUGCAGCUGCUGAACAUCACGCUGGGAUCGGCGAGGCCGGCGAGCGAGCGGAAGCUACCCGUCGACGUGGUGUUCGCCGCGCGGGACGGCCGAGGCUACCUGCCGGGUUUCGAGGUCAGCCGGCACCUGAGGAAGCUCAGCCCCGUGGAAUUCAGUUUCUACGUGGGCUUCCCCGCCCUGCAGAUCGCCGAACCAUUUCGUUACCCCGAGCUGAAUACCUCCCAUCACCUGAGAUCUACGUGGGUACGCACAGUCUUGCUCGGCGUUCCGAACGAGAUCUUUUCGGAGAGGAGUUUUAAAGCGCGCGUGGAGCGCCGAUUGGCGUCGCUGCUGGAGGAAGGACUCGGAGCGUCCGGCAGGAAGCGCUGGAGGAGGGCCACCGCCGCGGCCGACGGCAGCCUGCAGGUGGUGCGGGUGGCCAGGUUGUCCGGGUCGCAGCUCCCCCUGGAGAUUUUUUAUUUUGCGGAGGGUCCGGAGGGCGCGCGGAUUCCAGCGGAGGAGACGGCGGAAACCCUGAACGGCUUGGACCUCCAGAGAGCGGCCAUCGUUUUGGGACACCGAGUCCGGCGACCGCUGGCCCAACCGGUGGAGACGGCGGCCGUCCCGCCGUCGGAGACCCGAAGCGGUAGCGUUUGGCUGAUCGUGGGCGUGAUCGUGCCGGUCUCGCUGGCGCUCUUCAUCGUCGUUCUCCUCUACUGGAAGCUUUGCGGCUCCGAGAAAUUGGAGUUUCAGCCGGACGCCAUCAACGCCAUCCAGCAGAGACAGAAGCUUCAGGCUUCCAGCGUGAAAGGUUUCGACUUUGCCAAACUUCACUUGGGCCAGCACAGUAAGGACGACACGGUGGUGAUCCAGGAAUCGGGAGCGCCGCCGGCCCCGCCUAAGGAGGCGGCGCCCUCUGACGGCGGGGACCUCGACACCCCCAAAUCCAAAGGCUCGUCCGCCAAAACCGGCCGAAGCGCGCGGCGUCGCGGCAGGACCGGCCAAUCGGACGCCGACUCUCUGGGCAGCGACCGGUCAAGCGGUAGGGAGUCGGCGGAGGAGAGUACUCGAGCAGCGGCCGCGCACCCGGAUGCCGAGCAGCAGCAGCAGAGGAAGACGUCCAAAAACGCUCCGCCGGCGGGAGACGAGCCCGCGUCGUCGUCUUCCAUCUUCGAACACGUGGACCGUCUCUCCCGCGGUUCGUCGGACGCCCCGCGGCGGCCGGCCGGCAAAGUUCAGCUGAUCGCCACGCGGCCGCGAGCCGACGCGCCGCCCGAGGCCGCCGGCCCGUCGCUUUCGCAGAAAGUCGGAACGGAGGUGGCGCUGCGACACAAGUCGGAGAUGGAACAGCGUCGAAACAAACUGCGGCAGCGCGCCAAGAGGCGAGGACAGUGCGAGUUCCCGUCCAUGGACGACAUCAUGGACGCCUUCGGAGACGGACCGGCGCGGGCCGAAGCGGCGCGGCGUCCGUACGGCUCGGCCCGCGAUCGCGCCGACCGCGUCCCGGGCCCCGACGCGCCGUCCCCCCCGACUCCCGCCGGCGAGCGAGGGAGGCGCUCUCCCCGGGGGCGGCGGAACCCAGCCGGAAGUCUUCCGGAUACGGACCGGGAUCGUCUGCUGCUGGACCAGGGCGCCACCUACAGGAAGUACCCCGGACUCAACAACGUGGCGUACAUGUCGGACCCGGACCUGCCUACGGAGCAGGAGAGCCCGUCCCCCAUUGACGAGGUGUUUGAGGGCGCCCCGCCGCCGCCCCCUUACGUGCCGCCCCGGCCGUCCAUCGAGGAGGCGCGGCAGCAGAUGCGCUCGCUCCUCGACGACGCCUUCGCUUUGGUGUCCCCGUCCUCGCGGGGACUGAGCCCCGCCCUUCCCGGACCCGCGGGGAGGCAGUGGGGCUCCUAUCCGACGGGGCCCUUCCACAGCCCCCUCUCGACCAGAUACGCCGAGCUGGGAGUUUCCCCGACAUCCGGCCCGGGCGAUCAGGGUCAUCCGCAUAGACAGAGCUCGGGAGGCUUCGCUUCCGGCGGCGAGCGGCUGCGGGAUCCCGUGCGCUCCGGCGGGGGGCAGUACGAGCAGCUGCCGUCCUCCUCCAGGCCGCGACCUGUCGGAGGCAGCGCAGGUGUGCAGCUCCAGCACCUGACCCAGGUGGGUCUGUCCAGCCAGAUGGGGGCGUACGCCGGCGCGGGUCGCGGCGCCUCCCGCCGGAGCGAGCAGCGCUCGGACCGAGAGCCGUCCGGACGCGGGGCCGGCGGGGAGAGCGCGUCGUCUUUCCCCGAGUUCUCCUCGUUUUUCCGACCGGCCGGCCCUUCGCUCGGGGAGCCGUCGGCGCCGCCUCUUCUGCUUACGUCGCCUCCUCCCGACUACCUGCCCGAGGACGCGUCCCCCUCCGCCCGUAACUCCGCCUCUCUGAUCGAGGCCAUCCGAGAGGAGCUUCGUCGCCUGGCCCGGAAACAGGAGGCGAGCGGCUACCCUUAGCGGCGCCCCGACCUUUUACCGGAUCUCCGGAUAUCGACGGGGAUCCCGUCGUCGCCGCUGUCCGUUCGGAUCGCGGUCGGUUCCCCCCGGAAAGUUUGCCGAAGCGACUUCGCCGAAGGAAUUCCGUCACGGACGCCGAGAGGAUCUCCUCUCUAGCUGCGAACUGCCGGUCCGUUUGUCCGACCUGAACCGGGAGCGCGACGCGGGUCCCCUUGGUGCUAAGUGUCCGUCUAUCGUCACCGAUCACACAUUUGCCUCGCGUGCCGCGUGUCCGUCUUCAAACUGUCCCAUGUUCUGAACGCAGCGCAAAUGUUUUGAUGUGGACAGACGUCCCAAAGACCACAAUAUUCAUUUGGCGGUUGCUACUGAGAUGUUUCUAAUCUCAUAUUGUAACUGGAUAUAUGAGAGAUGGAGCUUGAGUCGCACGUGCGCGUUCAGAGUUUAGGUGUCUCCUUAUCUCGGUUGGAGUCACCUUUGUCGGGACAAUUUAUUUGGUCCCCCUCCCGGGCAAGUUGUCGUUUUUUCGGACACGGUCGUCAGACCACGUUCCCUCCUCCCGUCCUUUCCCGUACCGGGCCAAAGUCAAGCCGUCUGCGCGGCGCUAUCCGAUCUUUCUAAGAAUAAGGGCCCUAUCUCAUUUUAGACACGGCGUCAGAGCCGGAACGCCCGAGCCCGGUCUUUGCUCUCGUCUGAUCUGGCGGGACCAAAGCGGCCGCCGGCGACUCUUCGCCAUCUCUGAUAUAUUUCCAGAUAAACGUGUCGGUUUGUGUGUUUACGCUUAAGUGAGUGUGGGGGACACAGCUUCCCGUCAUCCGCCCGUAUUUGCGCCGUGGAUGGUGACCGCCCUAUCGCAAAGAACUUCGAUCGGUUUUCGUGGCGACGGCUCGGCGGAGGGAAAGUGGUCUCGGACGAGCGUCGGUCUCCCGCCCGACCGAAAGGUCACGGGUCCGCCCCGGCGAGGGCGUCCGCCGGAGCGACGUGGCAAACGCUCCGCCGUGGCUCCCGACCCUGACCUCGAAGGCGGGCUAAACGAGGAGCGUACAGAAAUGGAGGCGAGCGGGACCGCUUCUCUCCGCCGAUUGGCCGACGGUCGCCACGAUGUUGCCAUUUUCCUAGGUCCGCAACCCACAGCUCUCUGUCGUGCCGCACGCGGCUCUUUAGCGCUGCCCUAGCGGCUCCCUGGAGCUUUUUGAAAAUAUUUGAAAAGGGAAAAAGAUGGCGGAGGGAAAUAUAUUUUUUCUUUGAAUGUGCUUCCUGUAGGAGGACAAACAUUCUUCUAAUUGGUGAAUAUUGAAGUGAAACUUGAGGCAGCGUCGUACAACAGAGUCAUUCUCUACAGCAGGGGUCGGGAAACACCACCUACAGUAUUUUGAAAUGUAAUUCCGUGAGAGCCAUACAAUAUGUUUAAAAAUACAAGUAACAUGUGCGUUUUGUGUCAUUUCAACACUUUUAAAGUACAAUCAAUUCUUAUGAACAACAUAGUUAAGAUACUGAACCCCAUGUUGCUCCUGGUGCUGCGUCACCAGUAGGUGAAUGGCGUGAUAGUGUAAAGCGCUUUGAGCGCCUUGAAAGGUGGAAAAGCGCUAUAUAAGUGUAACACCAUUACACCAUAGUUAUGCUGUUGCUAAUCAAUGAUGUGUAUUUCUUACCGUUCAUGCGACUUCUGGCGCCGGCGUUGAGAAAGGUGAGCACGGAGCACCGUCAGUGCACACCGAAACAAGUUUAUCCAUGGGUAGAUUUUUUUCUUUAUUGAAGGACUUGAAUAAAUCUUCCCCUCUUGUUGUCCCUUUCAUAGUCAAAACCUCGCCAUCACGCUGAACUGUGAUAAAUAGCUUACGUGUGUUGACUCAUCUAAAGCGGGAGAAAAAAAGCGCAUUUACGUCCUGCUGAAAAGUACGAUACUCCUCGACUUUUUUUCUUUUUGCCAUCUUCUCAAAAGGGUUUUCUAAAAUUAGAUGACGACGAACCCGAAAAGGAGGAACCUUUACUUACUGAUCUCAAGCGCACAUCGGCGGCUAUUUUCGACAGCAAAAUACGGCAACCCCGCUCAAACGGCGUCUCUGCCCUUUCUGCGUUGCUUAUGCGAUUGAUAGAUAAAUCGAUAGACACAAGGACAUGUAUUUUUGCCACUUUCCCACGGAAUUACUGCGAACCGGCUUUCUAGUCGCCGGUUGUAGUAUAUGGACGGCGUGUCCCGUGAUCACCCUGGGCGCACGCGGCCAAUGGCACGGGACUCGGUGGGGGGAGGGGAUCUAACGUACAACAUCUCAGUUGCUGUUUGAUGAUAGCUAGCACGCCGUGCGGGGGUGUUGUCGAAGCAUUAAAAAAAAUGAACAUGCGUUGCAAAAGUCACGACUGCACAACACCAGCGUAUGACCGGUGACCGUUGCCGUUUUGCGCAAUGCGGAAAGGAGUAUAACGAAAGUUUUU